AUGUCACACCCACCUAUUGCACUUCCGCCCGCUCUUCCUUCUGAACUCUUGACUUGGAUUUUAAAUCAUAGUGCUUAUCCCACCACUAUCUUGAUCUGUAAAUCUCGCGCGGCAUUCGUCUCCUCCCUCCUGGCAGACAUCACCUCGAACACCUCAUUACCACCAGCAUCCUCCAACGACAUACCUUCCUCUCCUCCAUACCCAAUUCGCACCACUGCUCCAGGUGAAACACCCGCUCAUUCGCUCCUCGUCAAAACACUCCAUCAAAUCUCCAUCUCCCGCCAUAUUUCCUUGCUUUAUGUCCCUACGACCUCUCAUCUGCGCGCCUACCUCUCCGUCCUCUCCCCGGAGACACCAUCGAAGGUUGAAGCCCCGCCGGAUCAAAAAUGGGAUAAACUGGGUACGAAAAGGGUUAUGAUUGUUGUGUAUGGGUUAGUAGAGCUACAUAGGGAUACGAGCGAAUGGAGUGCCCAGGGGUUAAAUAGGAGUUUGGCGGGCCUUGUGGACAUGGGUGGAAGGCAUAAGAGAGCUGUUGUGUGUGUAGAGGAGAGGGCCAAUGAAACGAGGAGAAGUGCCGAGUCGAACUUGUAUGGUGAAGGCGAUGGUGAUUUUGAAGGUACAAAUAAUGACGGGGACGGAAUGGGAUCGGAUGAAAACAGGCGACGAGAUGAAAGAACCUGGAAGGGAUGGGAUGAGAAGGUUCCCAUGCUCAAUGGAAGUGUGAGGCGUGCUGGGUUGGAGAGUGAAGAUAGCGGUUGGAGUGGGAGAACUGUAGAGGUUGGGCGGAUAUUCGCGAGAUGGUUUGAUUUCCGUAAAGCAGAGUGGGAUCAUAGCACAUAA